AAGAAGAAGAAGGCUUCUCCUUUCCUUGUAGCCCCAGCGGAGUCCAGGGGGCGGAGCCACACGGGUCUAGCUCGGGUCCUCCUCCCGCGCUCCCACCCCUGAACCAGCCGCUGAGGUGGGACGCGGACCCCGCAGACUGGCCCGGCCCGGGAGCAGUGCCGGCGGAAACUGCCACUGAGGUGCUGUUCUCAAGCCAGGACCGGACGGGUGCAAUGACACAGAAAACUCAUCCGACCGGUGUUUGAGUGCCUCACGCAGGCCCCGGGUGCCCAUCUCUUCCCCCGGCACGGAGCUCCCCUAGCCGCGCCCUCCCUGCUCGGGCUGCGCGUUUGCAUCCAGCAGCUACCGUGCUGUUGAUUAAACUCCUUUCCUCCUUAUUUUUGUGUAACUUGUUAGCACACUGGUUACGGUCAUUUCUUAACUAACGUAAAAAACUUGGUGCUUAUAUCUUAACAAAACUCUUCGGUUUUGCCAUAACAAAGUGCCACAAAGUGGGCGCCUUAGAACGUCAGAAAUGUGCUCCGGAGCCUAGAAACCUGCUCUCCAGGUGUCCGCGGGGCCUGCUCUUUGUAAAGGCUCCAUGGGAGCGUCCUUCCUGCCUCGUCCCCCUUCUGGUGCGGACCGCAGUCCUGGCUGUUCCUGGGCUGGUCUCCUUGUCUGUGUCUCGGACGGACCCCUGCUUUCCGGGCAGGGCCCACCUACUCCAGCACCACCUCGUCUUCCCCCCGUUACGUCUGCAAAGACUCUGUUUCCGACAAAGCUCGUACCCGCAGUGGUGGGAGUUAGGACUACAUCCUGUUUGAGGGGAUACCAUUCAACCCACAACGCUGGUCAAGUUUUUAGGACAGACAUUUGGAAAAAGUCAAGAUAAAUGGUACCUUAAGUAGAGGUAGAGGCUCCUAGGAGAAACACUCAAACCAAAAAUCUGGCUUUUUUCAAAGCAGUGGGAAAAUCCUGGUGUGUUGGGGAUGAUUUUGUCUCUGAGCAAGGCUGAGCCAACACAUUCGGUGUUUGUUGUAAAAGGUUACCGGGUUCCUCUGUCUCAAAGAAGUCUUUCCUGUCCUGUACCCAGCCCAGUGCCCAGGAUGCCUCACAAGAUUGGCUUCGUUGUCGUCAGCUCCUCUGGACAUGAAGACGGCUUCAGCGCCCGGGAACUAAUGAUCCACGCGCCAACCGUCAGCGGGUGGAGGUCACCGAGGUUUUGCCAGUUUCCACAAGAAAUCGUUCUUCAGAUGGUGGAGAGGUGUCGGAUCAGGAAGCUGCAGCUGCUGGCCCACCAGUACAUGAUCGCGAGCAAGGUGGAGUUCUACGUCAGCGAGAGCCUGCCCGAGUACUUCGUGCCCUACCAGGCCGAGCGGUUCCGGAGACUCGGCUACGUCUCUCUCUGCGACAACGAGAAGACGGGCUGCAAAGCCCGGGAGCUGAAGUCCGUCUACGUGGAUGCGGUGGGACAGUUCCUGAAGCUGAUUUUUCACGAGAACCACGUCAACAAGUACAACGUAUACAACCAGGUCGCUCUGGUUGCAGUGAAUAUCAUCGGAGACCCUGCGGACUUUGGUGAUGAAAGCAACAUUACCUCUAGAGAGAAGCUGAUUGACCAUUACCUGGGGCACAACAGCGAGGAUCCAGCUCUGGAAGGAACUUGUACUGGGAAAUCUGACUAUAUUUCUCCACUCGACGACUUAGCUUUUGACAUGUACCAAGAUCCAGAAGUAGCCCAGAUCAUCCGGAAAUUCGAUGAGAGGAAACGUGAAGCUGUCCAGAAGGAGCGCUACGACUACGCCAAGAAGCUAAAACAAGCUAUUGCUGAUUUGCAAAAGGUCGGGGAGCGGCUCGGGCGGUUCGAGGUGGAGAAGCGCUGCGCGGUGGAGAGAGAGGACUACGACCUGGCCAAGGAGAAGAAGCUGCAGAUGGAGCGUUUCCGCAGCCGGGUGUACGAGCAGCUGCGGCGGCACAGCCUCGUGGACGCCGAGCCGAUGCGGAGGGCUUCUGACCUGCCCCUCCACCCCCUGGCUCACUCCACCGGUCCCCGCCACCCACAGCCAGUGCCGUCUCUACCGCAAGAAGAAAGUGCGCCAGAAAGCCAGUUUGCAGAGCCUUGCCUUCAGGACAAGCCUCCAGCGCAUCCCCGGGGCCCUUCUCAGCACUCUGCAGUGGACCUCUCACCGCCCGCCGCAGACCCCCAUCUCAAGACCCACCUCCCGUCUAUGCCCUACGACGAGCGGCCCCUUCCUGCCUCGCGGAAGCAGCCGGCAGCGGCCGCCCUGGAACCUGAAAAGAGUGACACUGAUAUCAGCGAGGCUCCCAGAGGAGGAGCCGCUGGAGAGCCGGAGCCCUUGACCGAGAAGGCCCUGCGGGAGGCCGGCCCCGCCGUGGAUGUGCUGGGAGAAAGCCUGGUCGCAGGGGCCUACUCCAGGACGUGGUCCUACCGGGAGGACGCGUUGCUCGCCCUGUACAAGCGGCUGAUGGAGACGCCCACCGGGGCCCCGAAGGAAGAGCUGAAGAGCACACUGCGCGCCUCGGUCUUCCUUGUGAGAAGGGCCCUCAGGGACAUAGUGACCCCGGUUUUUCAGGCUUCUUUAAAAUUGUUGAAAAUGAUGAUUAUGCAGUACAUUCCUAAACACAAACUGAGUAAGCUUGAGACCGCUCACUGUGUGGAAAGAACCAUCCCCGUCCUGCUCACCAGGACUGGAGACUCUUCUGCUCGCCUCCGAGUCGUCGCCUCGAAUUUUAUUCAGGAAAUGGCUUUGUUCAAGGAAGUCAAGGCUCUCCAAAUUAUCCCGUCGCACUUGGUGCAGCCGUUAAAAGCCAACACUUCGAACCAUCUGGCCAUGAGCCGGGUAGGCCUCCUGGCCCGGCUUCUGAAAGACCUGGGCACCGGCAGCUCGGGCUUCUCCAUCGACAACGUGAUGAAGUUUUCAGUGAGCGCCCUGGAGCACAGAGUGUAUGAGGUCCGGGAGGCCGCGGUUCGAGUCAUUUUGGACAUGUAUAAGCAGCACCGGGCUCUUAUUCUGGACUACCUCCCUCCAGACGACACCACCACGCGCAAGAAUGUUCUCUAUAAAACAAUUUUUGAGGGAUUUGCUAAAAUCGAUGGCAGACCUACAGAUGCUGAAAUUAGGGCACAGAAGAAAGCAGCUACAGAAGAAGCUGAAAAACGAAAGAAAGACGAGAUCAAAGCUCUGCAAGGGCAGUUGGCCGCACUCAAGGACGCCGAGGUCGACACCCAGGGGAAAGGAGCCCCCCCGGUGGAGGCGGACAGUCAGGACACACCAGGAGGGAAAGCGGCCCCACCGCCGGCUGCGGAAGGCCCAGACAACCACUACUUGGAGAAUCUGUGCAUCUUCUGCGGGGAGAGGAGUGAGGCCUUCACGGAGGAGGGGCUGGACCUGCACUACUGGAAGCACUGUCUCAUGCUGACGAGGUGCGGCUACUGCAAGCAGGUGGUGGAGAUCUCCAGCCUGACGGAGCACUUGCUGACGGAGUGCGACAGGAAAGAUGGGUUUGGAAAGUGUUACCGCUGCAGCGAGGCCGUGCUGAAGGAAGAGCUGCCCAGACACAUAAAAACGAAGGAGUGUAACCCUGCCAAACCAGAGAAGCUGGCAAACCGGUGUCCGCUGUGCCAUGAGAACUUCUCCCCGGGAGAGGAGGCGUGGAAAGCUCACCUCAUGGGCCCGGCCGGCUGCACGAUGAACCUGCGUAAGACCCACGUGCUGCACAGGGUGCCCGCUCCGCCGCCGGCAGGUAAAGGCCCAGCCGUGGCCAAGGCAGGGACCGCGGGAUCAAAGGUCGGAAGCAAGAUCCCUACCCCGAAGGGACUGGGCAAAAGCUCCGGGAGGACCUACACGAAGCGGUGACUUGGCGGUGACACGACACGCGUCCUGCCUCCUUUGUCCCCACAAGGAGCGGAGCAAGUUUCCUGACUGAACCAUUUCUCCUAAAAUCCACCCUUGGAUAUGGUGACCGUCCCCCACCCCCGCUGACCCUCGGCUCUCGGCCGUGCUGGUCCUGACUUGUUGCACCGGCCGUGGGGCCGACGGAGAACCUACGUCCCAGGGUCAGGUCUGGACCCGCCGCGGCUUCGAGCCGCCAGGCGUCUGCCCCCCCAGCCCAGCACGCACAGGAGAGCGCCCGUCUGUUCGGGGGGUGCCGACGAGAUGCCCGCGCGGGCAGGCCCUCUUCCCAAGUGCUUGCAGUGAUUCCCAUAAAGACUUCCCCAGAAACCGCGGGCCUGUUCAUCUCUCUCACACGUGGCCAAAUUCCCGCCGGGCCGUGGCCCCCCAGCAGCGGUGACCAUGAGUGUCCCCGGGUGCCUUACCCCAGCGGGGCGCACUCUGCCUGCCCCUGCCCGGUGCGCCUCCUCACCGUGUCUGCAGAGCCCGUGCUCCCCGCUGUCACAGGUCACUGGGCAUGGGCCCCCUGUGCCCCUCGCCCAGCCAGAGGCCCAUGAGGAGUGCGCGGUCCACAGCUGUCACCACCCUCCCGCGGCAGCGCCCCCCCCGCGGUAGCCCCCCAGCAGCCGUCCCCCCGCGGCAGUCCCCCCACCCGCAGCAGUCACCCCCACGGCAGUCCCCUGGAGGAGCUGAGGUGGGCACUGUGAGGCUCCAAGGCAGGGCCGCGCCGGGGGUGCUCACAUCCGUUACCUGCGUGCCGCCCUCAGCAGAACUACAAGGUGACUGUCACGGGUCCUGUGCUCGCCUGCCCACAGUGUCGGCCGGAGCGCCCUGCUCUUGAACCCCAGAGGCAGACAUGGCACCGCUCUUGACUCCGGCGUGGGGCAUCUGCUUCUUCACGCAUGUCACCAGUCGGCCCCGCGGACCCAGCGUGUCUGCCUCGGGCCUGCCCCUCGCUCGUCUGCGUUGGAAUUGGGGCUCCACGUUCAUUUGCUCGGCUCGUCCCAUGAUACGUACGCACCAGACGUCAUUUCAAACGAAGACACCAGACCUCGAAGUCCAGCCGCCUCCCAGCUCCCCACCUGCCGUUGGGCAGGGGAGCGGUUCCACGUGCUUCCCGUGCAGGUGGCCAGGCUGACGGGCCGGUGUGGGUCUGCAGGGAGGGCCCUGUGUCUCCCCGCAGCCGAAUCUCCUGGGGGCCCGAGGCGGCUGGCCCUUCCUGUCCCACCGUGCAGCCGGGACGUGCUCCCCCCUCCUCCUGAGCGCCCGGCGGCCUUUCCAACUGAGACCCGGGGUGACAGAUGAAGAGUGGGCUGGGUGAUUAGUGUGUAAAUAAAUAUUGAGUUUCCGGCCACGUGAAACCACAAAGUGUGUCUUAGAAAACCCUUAACAGCUGUCGGGGCAGUGCACUCCCUGAGUCCGUCCGAGACCGUGAAUUUGCACGACUCACUCUCCGUCCCGGGAAGGCUAAUACCUUCUCGUACGCAGCAAGAGUGAGACCGAGAGAAUUACCAAAACCAGUGACCCAACCUAGCCACGAAAGCGCCCGGGGAGAGAGGACGCAGACCUCCAGUGGGCAGCGCAGAGCCUGGAUGCCGGCAGAUGGCACUCGGGCCUUUCUGGCCCCGGGGACAGCGGCUGGACCUGCGGCCCGUCGUCCUCCACGCGCGGACCAGCCGCUUCCGUCACGCGAGCUAGUGAAGGAACCAUUCCUUCCUCUCCGACCAACACUUCCAAAUACAGGUGUCUUAUUUCUAUAUAUUGUAACUUGAAAAAGCAUUUGUAAAGAUAUUUAAUUUUAGUGAUUGGCAAGCAAAAUCAGGUGCAUUUAAGACCAGUUAGCGCUGCCAGUUACAGAAGACUCGAGCGGUGGGAUUGAAAUGAACCCGGGCAGGGACUCGUGGCUGCUGAAAGCCUUGCAGAGCUACGGACUAGUAAGGAACCACAAGUAAAAAACAGAAAAUUUGGAAGGAACUGUAAGAUCCCUUGGCCAUUUAUAAAUAAAUCUGUAAAUUUGGGACAGGAAUUAAUAAUUGACUUUUCACUCCUGAAUAUGUUGUGCAUAUUUAACUAUUUAUUUCUAUUAUUUUCAUAUUUCAGGAUAUUUUAUCAAGCUAAUUUAAAAGAAAUGUGUCUAUAAAUUUGGCACCAGAAUACACAUGUAAAUACUGUUAAUGAGAAUUUGCAACUUUUUAAUGUUUUAACAUAGUUUUCUAUUUGUCUUUAUUUCAGGUACCAGAGUUAUAAUAUCUAACUAAUAUAUUUUUGUUGUUAUUUUAGGGCCUAGGGGUCCCCUCACCCUGAGCAUAUGAACAUAAUAAAAAGGUCACUCAG